UGUUCGUAUCAGUGGGGGCUGUUCACAAUCAAGUCAGCCUUUUCAUGCAGCUAGUCAGUAGUUAAUUACCUCGAGAAAAUAUUCCAUGGGCUUUGUUCAACCAUAGAAAUAGAUCAUCAACAAUUAAAUAUAUUUUAUUAAUAUAUACACAGUUAUUUAAGCUAACUUAGCUAGCCAUAUCAUCAUAGGUGGGCAGCAUAGCGUUAAUAGCGAUCGGAUAAGUUAGCUAGCUAGCUUCUUCAACUUAGUAGCUAGCUAGAAGCUUUAAAAGGGUGUUCAAGGGAAGACGGGUUGGUCUUGCUGAACAGAUCUAAGGAAUGCUUGAAUCAAUUCAAGUAACUGAGAGGCUCCAUUGGCCAGAGCUGGAGCUGUCAAAGAAGUACCUUCUGAGUCCCACAGAUAGGCCGGUCAGCCUUAGCCAAGUUAGCGUACAGAAGCUCUCAUCCAGUGUGCUAAAGGAUAUCUUCACCACCGGCACCAGCAGCUACAACGUCCUGCUGCAGACUGUAGAGGAGAGGAAGAGCCCUAAGCACUCGCCAUACAAGAAGCCCCAGACGCCAGUGAGAUGCUCCUCCUCAUCUGCGCACCGGAAGGACGGCCAUCAGCAGGCUCUGAACCCAGUGCCCCUGGCGGGACCUGAGUGGUGCGGGAGCCCCAAGCUGUCCUCCUGCACUUCGGGGGCCCCCCGGCCCGGCCACGCCAUCACGGUGACCGGCAGCACCAUGGGCCUGGCGGCCCGCCCGCGUGUCCGGCCCAGGAAGCUGAGCGUCAGCAGCAGUGUCAGCAGCAGCGUCCCCCGCACCAGGCUCCCCCUGCUGGGCGCGGGCGGUGGUGCGCGCGACGGGGAGAACUCGGCCAGGAAGCUGUGCAUCCUCACCGCCAUCAAACCCUCCAACGUGGACAAGGAGAAGGCCAAGUUCUUCAAGUCCGACUUCACAUACAACCCACAGUUCGAGUACAGCAACCCGGCAUCCCCGCUCGUGCUGGAUCGACACAGCAACGCCUCCGACAAGUUCCUCACACAGGCUGUGCGGAUCCUGGAGCUGGCUGUGCACAAGUACGGAAACUAUGAGAAGUUUGAGCAGGCCACAGGAGGAAGCCUGCUCACCAAGAGCCGUAUCUGUUACCACGUCAAGAAGUACAUGGAGAAGGAGGGCUGUGUGGGGGAGAUUGUAGUCCACCUGACCGAUGACCUUCUCUCUAGAGCUUCAAUGACCGUGGUGAACGGUCGCCCCACAUUGACCAUCAACAUCUCCAUGGCCCGCGAGCACUGGUUGGAGGGCAUGCUGAGGCAUGAGAUAGGCACGCACUACUUCCGGGGCAUCAACAACAGCCAGCAGCCGUGGAGCAGCGGGGCGGGGCGGAAGAAGCACGGGCUCCGGCCCCUGAACCCCACCGAGGAGGGCCUGGCCAGCAUCCACAGCGUGCUCUUCCGCAAGGACCCCACGCUGUGGCGCGCCGCCCUGCUCUACUACACCGUGUACCAGGCCAGCCGCCUGUCCUUCUCCCAGCUUUUCCACAACCUCCGCCGCUUCGUCCGAGACCCCAACACCCGCUGGGACUACUGCGUCCGCGCCAAGAGGGGCCAGAUGGACACCGGGCAGCCAGGCUGCUUCAGUAAGGAUCAGGUUUACCUGGAUGGCGUCCUGAAGAUCCUGAGGCACAGAGACAAUAUUGACUUCCUGCUCUUAACUGCACUGGGAAAGGUUUCAUACGAGGACGUGGACAGGCUGACGGGCCUGGCUAGCAUGGAGCAUGUGCGGAUCCCCCACUUCCUUCAGGACCAGACACGCUACAGAGAGCAGCUCGACAAGAUCAUGGAGGUCAACCAGCUAACGGACGAGGAGCUGCAGGCACUCAUUUGAGCAUGCUCAGAAACCACACAGUUUCCGCACAGUAACUGGCUCUGUAGCUCACGCCUGCUCAGAGCUGCAGGCCACUACGUCAACUGUCCCCAUACGAAAUUUGUAGUAUUUAAAAGAUUUUUUGUAAACUGUACCAAUAUGUCCCUUUGACAUUUUAUGCUGGAAGUGUACUUUUUCCCUGGAUUGUUUUCAAAAUUCCAGAGUCUUACGGAGAGGUUUUUCUGCCGGCUUUGAUCAGGGAAUCACUAAUGAAACAGGGUCUCGCUGUUUGCACUUUGAUUUGUUGUAAAUGACCUUUGGCUUUUGAAUCACUUGCUUCUCGCUUCCUUUUCAGAUAAUGGUAGGUAUAAUUGCACUUUUUGAAUUAUGUUUGAAGUUUACACUGUUUAACAACUGAACACUGGCAUUCAGUUAUGCAGUGCUGUGUUGUUGUACUGUUGUUGUUUUUUUGCAUGUAUGCUAUUUUACCAGUGCUUUCUGGAUAUGAUUACUCUGGUAUUUGUUUGUACUGUUGCACAAGCUCCUCUGUUGCUUUUCGGAGAGGUGCAGAGGCAUCUUAAAUAAACUCAAUAUCACACCACAAA